AGAUGAUAACAACAACCAAAUGUUUUGUUUUAUUUUCCAUGCAUUUCAUGUUUUUAACUUUAAUUUAAUCAUGUUUCAAGCGUUUUAUAUUUGGUGAGUUUAUCGCCGAUUAUUCUUAUACCGAAGAAUAGAAGAUGAGUGUCGUAAACGGCAAAAGAAUAACCUUCAAGCGUACCAGACCGAAUCCUCUUUUCCACGACUGGUUGGAAGAGUUGUACGAAGAAGCAAAACAAAAGGGAAGUAAGCUUGAAUCUAUGUUACAGGAAGCUCUAUCUUCCAUAUCAAAGUAUCCUCUACCUCUGCAGUCUGGAGCCGAAUGCGCUAUCCUAAAAGGUUUCGAUAAACGCUUGUGUUUAUUUAUCGAUAAACGUUUAGAUGUAUACAAAAGUUCUAGUAAUGAAAGUUCAGUAGAUACGUGUUCAAAAUCUACAGCCAGUUCAGGGUCUGAUGACGACAGUGAUGUAAUACCUGUUAUAGAAUCACAAUCAACAUCUAAAGGCACUAAAAGUCCUUGUACUACAUCAACCCCAACAGAAUGUACUAAAGUUCUUCCAAGUACAUCAUCUAGUAGUUCUUCAGCUAAAAAUGGAAAGAAAAGAUAUAAGCCUGCUUUUAGGUCAGGUAGCUAUGCAUUUUUAAUAGUUCUUAUGGAGUUAAAGAAAAAUCAAACUAUGAGUAAAGGUCAAUUGAUUGCUGCAAGUCAGAAGCACUGUGAUAAAGAUAUUAGCAUUGAGUGGAAGAAUAUAACAGGAUUAAUAAGAAGAGGUUUAGUUAAUAAAAGUGUUAAGAAUAAUAUACCUCGGUUUUGUCUAACAGCAGAAGGAAUUUAUGUUGCAAAGGAACUCUUUAGCCAUGCACAAAAUAAAAAAGGUGUUGAUAACACAAUUACAAAUGAUGAUUUAGCUAAUAAUGAUAAUGUUUUUGAUAAUAAUGAAAAUCAAUGUAGUGAAGUAAUAAUUAUUGAUUCUGAAGCUAAAUCAGUUUUUACUAAUGGUUUAAUAAAUGAUAGUUAUAGAAGUGAAAGUGAAGUAAAUGAUUUACUAUAUGAUGAAAGUAAAUGUAAAAAUGAAAUAAAUAAUAUAAUGCCAAUAAAUAGUACUAAAACGUUGAUGCAUAAUAAUUGUAGUUCUAAAGUUGUUCAUGUUGACAGUCAUGUGGAUUAUAGUAACUGUAUAGAAAUGGUGCCAGGCUCUUUUGAUGUUAUACUGCUUAUUGAUAAGCAUGAAACUAGUGGUAUGACUAAAAAGAAUGAUCCAACAGUUACACAAUUCAACAAGUAUCCAGAACUGAAGCAUGAAUAUAGAAGUUUGAAAGUUGGUGAUUUCACAUGGAUAGCUCGACACAAAACAAAUACAGACCAUGAAAUUGUAUUACCAUAUGUAGUGGAGAGAAAAAGGAUGGACGAUUUGGGUCACAGUAUAAAAGAUGGAAGGUUUCAUGAACAGAAGUUUAGACUUAGGAAAUGUGGUUUGAAUCAUGUUAUUUAUAUGGUGGAGAAUCAUGGGAGUAAUAAGCAUGUGGGACUGCCCAUGCAGUCUCUAAUGCAGGCCUUGGCUAAUACUAGAGUACAAGAUGGUUUUAAAGUCCAUGUUACGGAGUCCUUGGCCCAUUCAGUGAGGUUUCUAGCUACAAUGACAUUGAGGCUUAUGUAUGAAUAUAAGGAUAAAAGGCUAAUGGGUCACAAUGGAGAACCGAAAAGCGACAUUCUUAUGACAUUUGGGUACUUUAAUAAGUCUUCCGUAAAGAAUAGAGCAUUGUCCAUCACAGAUACAUUUAUAAAAAUACUUUUACAGUUAAAAGGAGUGUCUGUGCAGAAAGCUUUGACGAUAACCAAUGUUUAUAAAACUCCACGAAUGUUGAUAGAGAAGUACAAAAGUUGUGAUCAAAGGGAAGGUGAAAUGUUGCUAGCCAAUUUGAAAUUUGGGGAACUGAACCGUAGUGUAGGGCCUAGUGUAAGCAAAUCAGUAUAUCAAUUAUUUACUUUUAGAAAUAUGAAGUAAGUUUAUUUUUGAAAUGCUUUUCAGAUUAGGGCCAGUUAGCGGAGUUGGCAAUACUGAGUUUAUUUCUGCGGAUAUUUAAAUAUCGACCUUAUCCCAUCCAAAUAGAGUCGUAAUUAGUAUACAAAUGGAAUCAACUGUGGCGGCGUGGUUUCUUUUUUCUCGGUAACUUGCAUCUGUAAUACAACUUCUGUUUGAAUUGGAUAAGAUUGAAAAUUAUACUCCCAGAUAUGUUCUCGCGGCAUUUGCUUUAUUAGUUUUGAUAUAAAGUUUAAGACUGUUUAUUAUUAAAAAAGUAUUUUGUAGUUUUAAGUUUUUUGGAUGUGUAUGUAAAAGUUAAAUUAUUUGUAUAAUAAAAUGCGUGCAAGUUUAGUGUUACUGUAUCAGGUGCUUGACAAGCCUAGGAAUAGAGUUGAUACUUAUUUGAAAUCAUUGCUAAAAAUUAUGGUCAUAUUAAAACAUAUUUUAUAUAA